GAGACCAAAGCCAAGGAGGCCCAGACCCGCAAACAGGAGCGCAGCAAGAAGAAGGGCAGCCAGCACGAGGAGGAGGAAGGCAAAACAGAGCUACUGAGCAAGCCGCGCGACUACAUCGUCAAGUUCUCCUUCCCCAACCCCGCCCCGCUCAACCCACCCAUCCUGGGCGUGCACUCUGUGACGUUUGGGUACGAGGGCCAGCCCUUGCUGUUCCGGGAGUUGGACUUUGGCAUUGACAUGUCCUCUAGAG